AUGAGCACCUUAGCAGAAGUUUAUAGGAUAAUUGAAAACGCUGAGCAGAAAUGCCGAAAAGGAGAUUUUGCUAAUGCAAGAGUGAAAUACCAAGAAGCCAUCGAAGUAUUAGGUCCACAGAACGGGAAUUUAUAUCGAAAUGAAUUAAGUCCAGACGUUUCACAAGCUAUCGAUUUAUUAAAACAGGACAUCACGGUGAAAAUUCAAGAAUUAGAGCUUUUGAUUGAAAAGCAAUCACCGGAAGAGAAUAGCAUUGGAAUGGUGAAAAACAAUAUGCUUAUUGGUACAGUUAUUCUAAACAACAAAGCCUCGAUAAAUGGGGUGGGUAAUACUAGAAACUGGGAUAACUCAGUAUACCAGGACACACUAAACCCCAUAAACGAUCCAGUCCUCAUAUCGAUUCUAAAUCGCUUACAGUCGAAUUUGAAUAAUGACAUUCAACUAAAAGUGGAAGGAGAAAAAAUUCCCAAAAACUCGGAAAUGAAAAUCAACUUAAGGCUGGAACAAUUUAUGAAGGAAUUGGUGCUGUAUGAGGAGAAAAAAUUCAAGGAAUAUGGUAUUAAAAUCGACCAAGUUACGAAAGAAAACAAAAAAUUGUCAAACGAAAUUGGAAGGCUGAGAGAGCGUUGGGACAGUUUAGUAGAAAGUGCUAAGCAAAGAAGAGACAAACAACAAAACUAA